AUGACUACCUUGAAUUAUGGUGUCUGUGUGUAUCUGUUCCGGUUCACUUAUGAUGAAAUAGAAAGAAUAACAACAGCACUUGGAUUGGAUCAUGUAUGUCACUUCUCUAGUAUACAGGUGCGCAAGAAUCUUGGUUUUGCAAUGUUGGUGAACCGAUAUAGGGUGGAGAGACUUUUGAUCGACAAGAUUAAGUGGGGUCUUCAAUUUAAUGCCAAUCAAUUUCGUCCCGAGAACUUGGAAAGGUUUGUAAGCGCAAUCUAUGAAAAGGGUGCCAAACUACCAAACGUUGUUGGCUUUAUUGAUGGUACAGUGCGAGAAAGGGAGAAUCCAAGUCUAGAUUACGAGCUUAAAGAAUCCUAUUACAAUGGCUGGAAGCACUUUCCUAGAUUAGAUUACCAGUCCAUUGUCACUCCCGAUGGGAUAACCAGCAGUGUGCUUGGAAGAAAAGUCGGCUCGGGGUAUUCCCAGUACUUACACCUUAUGGCCAAGCUUGAGGAAAGAAUAGAGACAUAUCUAAAGUUUUCCUCAGAUACCGACGGGUCAUUUGCCUUGUUCGGCAUUUCGUCUUAUUUAAUCUCACAAUGCUUGCACAGACCAUUUACAUACGAACACCUUAGCGAACUGGAUAAAAUAUUCAACAAAAGUCUGGAAAGAGUGCAAAGGGCAAUGAAAUGGGAGGCUGGUGAAAUGAAAAAAUAA